AUUGGCUUUCGUGUACUUUUGAAGAUAGAAGAUACUAGAAAUUAGUCAACAAAGCCUCUUUAAUUAAUAACUUUAUCAAUUUUUUCGCACAAUUUGAAAAAAUGCAUAGAUUAAACAAACGCAUGAGAAAUUCCAAAGAUGAACAGUACACGAUUAUUGGAGAUCAAGCCUACACUGAUGAUAAUAUUUUGAUAAAUAGCAUAUUCAUUUCUAAUUUAUCGGAAAAUAUCACCAUGCAACAGGCUUUGGAAUAUUUCCAGCAAUUUGGCAAUGCUUAUUUGGUGGAAAAUAAUGAAGGUCAAAACGAUAUAAUAAGCUUUGAUGAUCCUAAAGUAGCGGCCGUAGUUUUACAAAAAAUCGAUCAUAUGUUAUUGAAUUGUAACAUUAAGAUACACGCCUGUAAGAGUUACCAACAACCACAUGAUUAUCGAACUGCUAACAAACUACUACCCAGUAGUAAAACUGAUUUCCCACAUACUGCAAAGAGCAGUUCGUAUAAAUCGUACAAUAAUACAAUGAUUUUUCAUUUAAACAAUGAUUGUCUAAUAUAUAUUUGUAAAAAAUUGGAACUAGAAGAUCAAAUUAAUUUUGCUCUUUCAUGUCAACGUUUUGCCGAAAUUUUGAAAGUUAUUUUAAGAGUAUAUAAAGAAUUAGUCAUCAAAGUGCCUUGCACUAAUGAUAAAGUAGAAUUUUUCUUUCAAUCUAUGCGACCUCAAGUUAGACAAUUAUGGGUAAAAAACGUAGAGUUAUUAAAUAUGAUGUUAUUUUGUACAAGUGUUGAAAGCCUCAUUAUUGUCAACUGUGAAGCUGAGGAACUUACUUAUCCAGUAUAUCAUUUAAUUGAUAAAAUGAUAUACUUAAAGGAAUUGAAAUUUGUCUAUGUGGAGAUAAGUGAUAUUUUAAUGGAAAAAAUUAGUACAUUUAAUAAAAUAAAAUUUUUAAAUGUAAUAGAUUGUUUUGUAACGGGUAAAAAUCUUCAUAUUACUGGUCUCGAAGGAUUGAAUUUGGAAAAAUGCUGUCAGGUAGAAAAUCAGUAUUUUACAAUAAUAUGUCAAAAUCAUACAAAUUUAAAUUACCUCGAUAUAAGAGAUGCUGAGUUAAUGAAACCGGAAAUUUCAGAGCAAAUUUCGCAACAUUUAAAGCAAUUGAAAACUCUAAAAAUAACAAACUACGAGCAAAAUUUCAACAGCAUCGCACAAUUGCCAAAUCUAACGCAUUUGGAAAUUAAAGGUAUUUAUAGAGCUUAUCUACCGAAAGAAUUUUUUAAUGAAUUGGUAAAACAUAAAGCCGACAAAUUGGAAGUAUUAAGGUUGAGUGGUAUAAAAAGAGAAACUAUAUCUUCAGAAAUAAUUUCAUUAAUUGCUGAAUUGAAAAAGUUAAAAGUUCUAUACUUCAGUUGUCAUUCCACAUUUGACAAUAAGGAUUUAGAGAAAUUGUCACAACUUACCGAAUUAGAAGUUAUUAGUUUAGACAAUUGUGAUACUAAAACCGACAAGGACAUAUUAAAACUUUUAAGAAAUUGUCUAAAAUUAAAAUACAUAGAAUUAUAUAGUUUUCGUGUACCUCGUGCUGUUAUUCGCAGUGCUGCGAAAUUGGUAAAAGAACAACUUGACGCUUCGCUUCGUACAGUUCCUGUAAAACUAUUUUACACAUAUAUGAUAGAUUUUAAAUUUUGGAAUAAGACUAUUAUAUUAGGAGCAUCUGAUUCGAAUGAUGAUGAUAACGAUUCAUCAGAAUCAAUUUAAAGGUUCAAAACAAGAUCCAAAACAUUUCGGGGAAACAUUUCCAAAUAAAACAGAAAACUUAUGGGCAUUUCUAUAAGAAGGAUAAUGGAAUAAUUAUUUCAAACCUAUGGAUCUACUUCAAAUUUAUAAAUAAUAAUUUAAAAUUGUUAAUUAAGUAAAAUUUUUAAUAAAUGAAAAUGAAAACAUUAA